AAUUACUUUUGUCUCAAAAAAAAGAAACGUAACUUUAUAAAACUGAACGUAACUUUUUCAGAAACUAUCAAAAAUAUGCCAAUACAAAAGAAGGAAACAAAAAUGAAAAUGAAAAAAACGAAUUCAAUCGUACAAAUGAAAUAGGCUCUUCAAAGAUGCUUAAUUUUUUGUUAAUGUUUUUCAAAGAUUCGUUUUCGCAACUUGUGUUUUCUGAAUGCAUUGCCACAGAUUUCGCUUUCGCUUCUGAGUUUUUCGUUUGCUGUUUUGACACAAACCUCGCGUGGGGGCGGGCCUUAGCGGUGAUCUACUCUGAUUGGAUAGUGAGUUUUUGAUUUCCACAACACUAGGUGGCGGUAUGCAGCUAUGAAGUUGGUUCGCAACCCGCCAUAAAAUCAUAAGAAGAAGCAGCUACAAACGUCACUCAGUUUGCCGGCGCAUGUUUGAAAGUUGUCGCGGUGCUUUGUAUUAAAUAUGUGAAUAUUUGAACUUCGUUCGUGUCUGUAACUUUAAAGAUGAGCUCUCAGGAGAGACACGGAACGGCAUCAUCUUCCUCCUCCGCUGGUUCUUCAAGGCAGCUUGAAGUGGACAGGGAAGAAGACGGUUACAUCUAGUUCCUCCAGAGUCUGAAGGCUACUGUGGUAGCACAAUUAGAAGUGCAACUGGAGGGGGGAAAACAAUGUUGUACAUUGUUCCAAUACAGGAUGAAUUUGACCUGUCCCCUCUACCAUCUGAUGCCGAGGAGUUCUCUCAGAUGCCUAAAGCAGAAUGUAAGAAAUGCUCCAAAUCUAUGCCACUACAGAUUCUUGCUCUGCACGUAAAGGAAUGCAACACGGCAGAUUAUGAGACACUUUCUGACCCAGAAUCAGAGCUGACUAAUCUACCUCCUGAUUCACAUGAUUUACCUUCUGAUAAUGAAGAAAAGUCAGAAGAGGCAAAGUGUCCUGUUUGUAUGCAAAGUUUUCCUGUAAAGGAAUUGGAGCUACAUGCAAGUUUUUGUGGCGAUUUAGAUAGUCCUGUUGGCCCUCUAAGCCCUGAUAUAAUGGAGCCACAAAAUGAAGAAAUGUCAAGUGAAGAUGAUGUACUGCGGUGGCUGGCUUCUCAAGUUGACACCUCCAAAGAGUUUAGUAUCUGUGUAUCUAGAGUAAACCUCUUAGAAAGAGGUAUGUCACUGUGGAAACGACAAAAGCUUAGCUCCCCAAUCCACACUUUAAAGGUGACAUUCAUGGGAGAGGCUGGUGUCGACACAGGUGCUCUCCGCAAAGAAUUCCUGACAGAAAUGAUUAGUGGCAUAGAGACUCGUCUCUUUGAGGGAGAAGAUGGUCAAGGAAAAUUUCCCAAGUACUCAUUAAAUGACCUUGACAAUGGCCUGUUUCGAGUUGCUGGGGAAUUAUUUGCUGUGAGUCUCGCGCAAGGUGGUCCAGCUCCACGAUUUUUACAGGAGUGGUGUUACAAUUACCUAUUAAGUGGAAAUCUUGAAAACAUCAUCAUGGAAGUUAAUGACAUGGAAUUUUCACCACUGAUUAAAACGAUUGAGGACACUGCAGACCUGUCGAAUUACAGUGAGCAAAUUAUGAGCUGUGGCUACACUGGCCCUAUAAAUGACCAAAACAAGGGGAAUAUAAAGAGGGCAAUUGCAAUGCAUGCCGCUGCGCGAAGAACUCUAAUGCUUCAGCAGCUCCGUGAGGGCCUCCAACUUUACCGUCUGUUGGACAUCAUGAAGAAGAACCAACAAGUGUGCCGUGGCCUUUUUGUUUUUGAAGGUGGCAAUGAUCAGGUGGACUCUGAUUACAUUGUAUCACACCUUGACCCACAAAUGAGUGAAAGUGGCAGUCUAAAGCACAUCAAAGAAAUGCAAAUCUUAAAUAAUUUCCAGGAUUUUCUAAUGGAACUUGAAGAUGGAAAUUCUGCUGAUGAGGAGGCACUUUCUGUGUCGAAAGUCAUGCAGUGGCUGUCUGGUCAAGCACACAGACAUUUGCUUCUUUCAGAGAGACAAGCUUUCAAAAUCACAGUUCUAUUUGACCAUACAUGCAUGGCACGUAUGCCAGAACACAAAAUUUGUUACCCUGUUGUCAGUGCAUGCACCCACACAAUCACAAUUCCCACUGCACACUUUGCAAGUUUAAAUGAAUUUAAAGAAAACAUGAAAAUUGCAGUGCAGCAGGGUGCUUGCUUUUACAGGGUUUAGAACAGAUUUGUUAACACUCCUUCUUUGUUUUUUUUUAAGGUCAGAGACAGAUUACAUUUCAUUAUCACUUCAUUUAUUUUCAAAAGAAUGGCUAACAAUUUUACAAAGUUUUACAUUUGCGCCACAUUGUUAUGAAGUUAGUAAGUUUUAAAUUUACGCAACAUUGUUAUGAAGUUAGUAAGUUUUAAAUUUGCGCAGCAUUGUUAUGAAGUUAGUAAGUUUUAAAUUUGCGCAGCAUUGUUAUGAAGUUAGUUCUGUCAGAACAUUGUUACAUGUGACACUCUUGCGAAUAAAAUUUCUUAUGUAGCUA